AUGUUUUGCUGGAACACAGCAGCACUCCUAUCCCCCACGCCGUCUCCACAAUUCCAUCUACACGCUCUGGCGUCCCACACCCCUACUCCCGUCCUCCAGUUGCUCCAGUCACCGCUCUAUUCCAUCCCAUUCCCAACCGCCCACUUGCAGCUCAUCUCCCACUUUGCAAGACCUGCCCAGAAUGGAACCAGAGCCGUCCCUUGGCACUCUCCUCAAGGCUAUCACAGCCCUCACCACACAGUUGGGUCCCUCCAGGACCAAAUCAGAACACAAGGCCAACAGAUCAACAAACUCAAGGCCAUAUGCAAGGAGACUGCCAACCUGCUUGGCGACAAGGACCAGGGAAGAACCCAAGCCCAGCCUGGCCCAUCAACUGGGCCUAUCACCCCUCCUACUCAGACAGGAGGAGAAGCCCACUCUCCAGCAACGGUUAGGCCUGGGCUCAAGGCCCCUUUCCGCCCUUCAAGGGGUACAGGGUAUGACUCAGAAGAAGAGGAAGACAGGCGAACCCCAAAAAGGGAACCUCGUGACACGCCUAGGCAGGGCCUCAGCUCCCUCACCCCCUUUGACUCAGGGUCCAGUGUAAAGCGGCCCAAGAUGGAACUCCCUGACCCUUACAAGGGCAAUACCAGAGGACGCAAGGCUACCCAAUGGCUUGACAGAAUGCUGCUCUGGGUUGCCCUACACAGGGAUCAAUUUGAUGAUGAGGAGCAGAUGGUUGUGUGGAUACUCUACCACAUGACGGACAAGGCAGCCGAUUGGGCACUCCCCCUUAUUGGGGCUAUCAUCAAGGGAGAGGGCAACCCUCCAUCCACCAUCCCGGCCCUGACGGCCAAAUUCAAGGAGGCAUUUGCCAAUCCCAACGCAAAAAGGGCUGCCACCAGGAAGAUUGCCGCGUUGACUCAGACAACCACCAUGUCUGAGUAUGUUACCAAAUUCCGCAACCUCAUGGCGGAACUUGACUGGAACACUGAGGCAUACAUUGCCCAGUUUACGCGCGGUCUUCACUGGAAGGUGAAGGAACUCUUGUCCACCAAGGACAACAUUCCCAACAAUGACCUUGAGGCCAUAUUUGCCGCCUUGGUCAAGAUUGACAACACUUGUUGGGAAAACAAGGAAAACUGCCCCAAAAAGGUACCUGCCAAGCCCUUGGCCACUGUGGCCACUUCCACUACCACCACUAGGGUCCGCCUAUCCGAGGACCCCAACUACGUCACCCCGGAAGAAAGGGACCGCCGCCGCGCAUCAGGGCUAUGUGUCAAGUGCGGUCAGAAAGGACACGGGAUCAAGCAGUGCCCCAAUGGCUGGAAAGCCACAAUCAAGGAGGCUGCCAAGAUAGGAGAAGUUGUGGAAUCGGAAAAAGAGUAA